AUGAAUUUUCGUGUUCGAAAAGGUAAAGAACAAAACAGUGUGUAUUUUCGGUUCUUCUAUGUAAACGACUGCGGCCACCGUGCACUCACGCUCGCGUACAUGCGCAGGGAAACACUGGACCACGCACAAGCUGAUAGAGAUAAUAAUCCAGCAGCUGGAGGGAAAAGGUGGACAGGCGAGGGAGACUGUAAAUGUUCACCCUGCGGGGACCUGGACCCGCGUCGGUGGGGCCGGAACGAGGAAGUUACGAAGUCGUGGUCGGAGGAGCUUCCGGCGCGUCUGGUCUCACCCGCCGGGCGGUCCCUGCCCUCGAGCCGCCGCAGAGGCGCCUGGGAGUUGUGCAGGCGGGCGCUCCAAAGAGUGGCGGUGGCUGCGCUCAUCAGGGGGACGGGGCAGCCGGAGUUUGGGGCCGAGGGACAAGCCAGGCCCUGGUCCAGUGAAUUCAUACACACUGGGAAGCGAGGCCCCGUGAAUAUGAUUCCUUUCACCACAGAACUCCCGGACUUCCGGCGCCGUCGUCAGGGAGCUCUCGAGUGUUCGCGGAAGCACCGUGUCGCGCUGCUCUCGGGCCGACCUCGCGACCGGACCGGUCUGUGCGCCGCUGUGCUCACCCCGAGCGCGGCUCCCAGCCGGCGCCGUCCGGGCUGUGGCCGUCGUCCGGUCCGCCACUCCGUCUACCACCGACCGUGUUCCCUGCGCUGCGCCUUCUGCUCCUGUGACUCGUCCGUCCGCGGGUGUCUCCCCCACGACCUCUCACCCGCUUCGCCCAUCCCCCAACCGUUGCCCUCCUCAGGGAGGUCUGCUAAGGGCGCGCGUCCCCUGACAGGCUUCGGGAAACCACUGCUCCUCUGCGGUCAAGGUGAUACUAAACCCCUUCCCCGGCCGUCCGGCUCCGGCCCACAAGUCCGUCCCGCCACACCUCCCGCCGCGCGCCGCGACGCGCUCCCCUCACGGUGCUCCCCCCACAGUCCUCGUCCAUGUCCGGGGGGCGUCGAGCUGCUUCUCGCCGUGUCCGCACCGUCCCUGCCGCACCGCCUGACGCCCGCUCGUCCCGCUGUCCCCGCCGGGUCGUUCCUCCGAAGAGGCGCGUCGUCACCGCCUCCGCUUCCUUCCACACGGGACUCCGUGACUGACGCGCAUUUACUUGUUCAGGACUCGCUGCCUCACGACGCGACGAGCUCCACGAGGCCGGAAUCGUUCUUCUCAGACUCCGAAGGCUGCUCGGCGGACGGCGGUCAGUGAAGGUUUGUGAGGACAUGAAGCUCCGUAAACCUCCAGAGCGAGAUUCCGAUGCUCUUUCCCCAGACGUGGAAGCGGAGGGGCAGAAAGGCCGGUCGUCCUUCCAGCGUCCCCAGCACAGUCCGCGUCAGCCCCACGUCCUGGAAGGCGGCGUUUCCUCCCGAGUGUGAGCGGCUCCUCGCGGGAACGACCAGAAGGCGGCCGCGGCCCCGGAGAGCAGCACAGCCCGUCCUGGCUGACGGCGGCCUGGUGGCCGGCGGGGAGCAGCCUCCGUGGGGGCCCUGGGAACGGCCCUGGGUCUCCCCCUCACGUCACAGAACACGGAUGCGGUGGGAUAUCCUACCCAGUAAUUAAUGAGAAGGAGAUUCAGGGAAGAGAGGCAGACAGCGAGAAAAGCAUGAAAACUGUUCCGCUCUCCUGACUUGGGGAGAUGGGGAUGAGUGUUCAGUACAUCAGGGAAAUGCCAAAGACACCUGACCUUCUUGGAGGAGGGAAGAGGAUAGAUAAAAGACGGUAUUUUAUGCAAGAGAACCCAAACACUUUUAUUCAAGAGAACCCAUACACUUUCCAAAAGAACUACAGCAAAAGGUGGUGAGCAUGGGUUGAAGACCCAGUCAGCUGCAAAGUG